GCUCAUUGUUCUAUAGAGGAGAGAGACUUCGAAGCCAUUCAUGAUUUCUCGGCCUAAACCAGUCUUAGCUCAAAAAUCAUAAUGACAAGUGCAGCUAUUGCAUCAUUUCCACCAAAAAGCGUGGCCAAAAACUCUGCCGAGAUAGUAAACGAAUGCGAAUAUCUCGAGGUGAUCGGGAAGGGCGACCAUUCAGUUCUCGUCGUUGAAAUGGCCGCGCUUAUGGUGGAAGGCGAUCUCGUGGCUGCUCGUCAUCUUUGGCGACGGUAUCGCGACGAUUCCAUCAGGGCCACCGCUUUAGAGCCAUGGUGGAGCGUUGCGCAAUGCAUGAUGGAAUGGGACGUUGCGAGUUCCUGGGUUGCACUUCAGGUUAUUUCGGAUGGUAGCGAUUCUCUUUUCUCCACUUACGCCAACGAAAUCGUGCAAGCAUACCGUACUCGCUUGGCUCCACUCUCUCUACUCAAAUCGAUUGACGUGACAUCGAAAGUGUCAUCUUUCGCGGUCUUGUUGAACAUGACCGAGGAAGAUUGCGUUCAGUUUCUCAAUUCACGAAAGGAUACUCAUCUAAGCAGUGAUGUUUUCCAAGAUAUGGAGAUAUACACACGUAUUGUGGCCUUUCUUGAAGCCAGUGCUAAUGAAGUACACACUGACUAAUACAACACUAACCUCGUUCCUUAUUUGA